GCGGGCUGGGGCGCAUUGUGCUUGGCCGGCGGCGGCGCAUACUACUUCGCGAAGCAAGGCAUCGAUGCUGACAGGCGUGCUCGCCUCGAGGAGCAGCGCAAGAGAAAGAGCAUGGUUGAAUCGCUCGAGUACUCGCAGAAUGUCCCGACCCAGCCAAUUUCUUCUUCAGCAAUGGGUGGUUCUGCCUCAGUCCCACCUCGCCAGGGCACACCAGCGAGGACAGACACAGUCGGCUCACCAAGCCUAGAGACGGGCAAUGAUCCGGCGCCUACAAGGCAUGCGCCUGCUACCGAGGCCGAGAGGGUAGUCGAGAAGAGCAAGUACGAAGCCAGUGUGCCGUUCCGCAGUCCGAAGGGUGACCGGUUCUCAUAA